AUGGCUGCUGCAGGCUCGCACGCUUUCAGGGGGACGUUUUACCAUACACCGGCCUAUGGUCAGCUGGAAGCGUUGCGCGAUGUUGUGGUCGUCAUACAGGACGGUAGAAUUGCACGCAUUGCCAGCGGUGCUGAGGAAGAGGCCGUGCAGAGCGAGUUUAGGCUGAGCGAAGGCCAGUACUUCGUUCCCGGCUUCAUUGAUACGCACGUCCACGCACCGCAGUACAAAUUCACCGGCACCGGCACUGAUGUUCCGCUCAUGGAAUGGCUCCGCAAGUACACCUUCCCGGCGGAGACGUCCUUCCAGGACUUGGAUGCCGCUCGCCAGCGCUACUCGCUGCUCGUGAAGCGCUUCUUGGCAAAUGGCACAACCACCGCCAUGUACUACGGCUCGCUGCACCUGCAGCCCAAUUUGGUGCUGGUGGACUCAAUCGAGCGGCUUGGGCAGCGGGCAGUGGUGGGGAAGGUUAACAUGGACCGCCAUUCCCCUGACGACUACAUUGAGAACACCUCGGACGGUCUUCGUGACGCGGAGGCCUUCGUGACCUACACCCUGGACAAGAAGUGCUCCCGCAUCCAACCCUGCAUCACACCGCGCUUUAUCCCAACGUGCACUCCGGAGCUAAUGAAGGGCCUUGCUGCGAUUGCGUCCAAGUACGGCUGCCACAUCCAGUCGCACAUCUCCGAGUGCUGUGGUGAGGUCAACUGUGUGCGGGAGAUGCACCCCGAUUACGCAUCGGACGCGGCGGUGUUUGAGGAGAUGGGUCUGCUCACCAGCCGUACUGUCAUGGCGCACGGCACGCUGCUGAGCGACGAGGACAUUCGCCACCUGGCGCGACGGGGCACCGCCGUCAGCCACUGCCCGCUGUCGAACUUUUUUCUCGGGGAUGCGUUUUUCAAGGUGAAUCACGCGCUGUCUUUGGGUCUCAAGGUGGGUCUGGGCACCGACGUGGCGGGGGGCAUCUCCCCCUCCAUGCUGUCGGCUCAGCGGAUGGCGGUGGUCAACAGCCGGUGCCUCCGUGCGCACAAGCUCGCGAAGGACGUGAUCACGUUCAAGGAAGCGCUGUGGCUGGCCACGGUGGGAGGAGCGCAGGCCCUUGAUAUGUCUGACCGUGUGGGUACCUUCGAGGUGGGCAAGGAGUUCGACGCCCUGCUUGUGGACACCAACCUAGGGGGUACCAGCGGCCCCUUCGACGUGUUCCCGGGAGAGGACGACGACCAGCGCUUCGAAAAGUUCAUCAACCUGGGAGACGAUCGCAACCUGAUUGAGGUGUACGUGCAGGGCGUCUGUGUAAAGCGCGGCGAUGUCUUUCUGUUGGACAGCAGCGUGGAGGUCAAGGAGGACGCUGACCUCCUCAUGUCGGCCCCCACGCCCGUCGAGCCAGAAGCCGCCUACGUGGAUUUGGCGAACCGGGUCGAUAGCAGCGACGAGGCUGCCUCUAUGGAGGGUGGCGACAUGGCUCCGGACGGGGCUGCGGCACCGGAGUCGGCUCCCGUGUUUAAGCGCUUUCGCCAUUAAAUGACUAUCCUGCGAGCUUGACGCCGUGCAACUUAGGUACCGAUAAUCUACGGCUUACAGGUAGUUCUUACGCAGGCGUUUUUGGACGGUAUGAUCAGAUGAAAAAUGCAAACUUUGCGCCUGCUAAGGCUUCGUACGGCCGCGUCGGCGCGCCAUGUGGAAGGGGACUACUGGGCACUGGCCG